AUGGCUCUGAAAGAAGUGGAUAAAACGCCUGCCGCUGAAACCGCAUUUACGGAGGCCGACCGAACAUGCCCAAAAGAUAUGCAUUCGGCGAGGGAAAAGGCCAGCAAAGAUAUUAAAGCUCUUGGAGAGGGAGAAAUUAUCGGAAAUUGGAAAGUUGUACGACCAAUUGAGCCAGAACGUUGCUUUAACACCAUUUAUGUUGUGCAGCACGUGAAGAAAGGUUAUCUUGCAGCACUGAAGGUACAUCUCUAA